GUUAUCACGAGGAUAACUGCCGAUCACUGCACAGACAUCUCCCGUCCUGUACCGUCACGCCGUCUCACUCCCCCGUACACACUCACACUAUGAAGGGGGUACUCGUUUUCCUCACAGCUGCCCUGGGGACUGUUUACCUGACAGGUGCGCAGGAACCCAAGCGAUGUGUCGCUCCAUCACAGUUUCAGGCUAGAGUCGUUCAGCUGGAUUACGUAGAGAACAGAGUAAACCGAUUCAUGUUUAACUACGAUGCUGUAAACAAACGUGAAGCGAUCUUCGAGGAACUGAGCGAGUUUACACCGGGAAGACGAUUUUACGAGUACCUUGUGCUAGCCAAUGAGGGGGUAGAAUACAAGGUGGACCUAAGGACUCGGAACUGUACCAAGGCCCCAGCCCGGCCCUGGAGGGACAUCGAAAUCCCGCCAAACGCCACGUUUGUGGACGAGUACACGAUGGGAGGCCCCGGGGAGAACAUUGUCCUCCAACAGUGGUCAGACGCCUCCCCCCUUCGGCACAACGCUCGACGCUACAUAUCCUUCACGCUCAAUAAUUGUUAUUUAUCAAGCGAGGACAUCCUGCUAGGCGGCGCCAAUGUCACCGAUUCAAUCUCUAACCGAUUCUACAACUUGGUCGAGGGUAUUCCGAAUCCAAAUGUUUUCGUCGUCCCUCCUUCCUGUCAACAGACGAAGUACCACCAGACUGAGCCAUUCACACUGUGGCCCUGAAACGGAGUUAAAGAACUACAAAACAGCGCGAUUAACUCCUUGCACGUGUAAUUAAUUACUAGUACACGCUUAAGAUAUCAAAGCAACUCGCCUUUGAAAGGGUAAACUGUAAAGAAUACUUGGAAAAAACGUCGUCAUAUAAUAAUGUUUAUUUCACUACAUUAUAAUCAAAUUGUGCACCGAUAUAUUUAUUAUAUUUAUCAGAGGGUGCAGUAGUUGGAAACAUACUGAGCACCCCUGUAGCCUGGGCUUAGUGCAAUAAAUAGUCCUAUAUGUAAGUGUAGGAGCUUGUUCACGCUUACAUGUGAUAUGAACGUGAGGUGCCAAAUGUCUGUGAGCAAUCAAACGUCGAUGUGAGGUGGUCUGUUGACAGAGAUUGGCAGAGAGAGAGAGAGAGAGAGAGAGAGAGAGAGAGAGAGAGAGAGAGAGAGAGAGAGAGAUGGAUAGAGAGAGAGAGAGAUAUGGGGAGAGAGCGCUAGUUAAAUGUGAGUACAGCAUGUGAAAGUGUUUACUUAAUUGUACCUGAAAUACUCUCAAUUGUAUACAACUCGACACCAUUUAUAAAUCAAUUGCACCAAAAAUGAAUUUGUUGUCAUUAUGCGCCGAGUUUCCUUGGAAAGUCGACUUUCUUUUAUAGAAAGAGUAUUAUUUGUUCUAGACAAUCACGUGUCAUGCAAUAAAACCUCAUAUUUCGCUGUCAUCGUCGUGUUCUCAUCAUAUCC